AUGGCCGCCUCAUCUUCCUCCUCGAGCGACAGCAGCUCCAGUCGCUCUUCCUCUCCCGAGCCGGACAACAAGCAGAAACAAACCUUGAAGGGCGCAUCAAAGACAAAAGAGGAAGUUGAAGACUCCUCAAGUUCGUCUGGUUCGGAGUCCGAUAGCGACGAAAGCUCCAGUGACAUGGACACCAGCGAGGAUGCUCCAGAGGUGCAGACUCCUGCUAAAAGGAUCAUUGCUAUCGGCCCCAAGCCCUACAAGGCUCCUCCUGGCUUCAAGUCCGCAAAGCAGCAAGCCCCGCCAUCCUCAACCUCUUCCUCUAUCCUCUCCAACCUGAACGGAAAGAAAGUCAUGCAUAUCACAGCUCCAUCUUUCCUCCCAUUGUCGAAGGUCAAGGAGAUUUCCAUGUCCAAGAUCGCCAAGGGCCAGCCGAUCCUCUCCUUCGACGGCGCAAACUACGGUAUCCCGGCUGAAUCGCUGCGCGAGGAAGUUCAGCAGGGAAAGUCUCUGCUUACCUUUGACCAGAAGACCCAGAAAUACCGCAAACAAGCCGACAACAUCCCCACUUACCACAUCCAGGAAUUGAUGGGUGUACCAGAAGCCGAUAAGGCAGCGGUGGAAGCACUCCGGGAUACUGUCAAGCCCGCUCGACCCCAGCCGAAGCACUUGAAGAUGCGUUUCCGGCCUCUCGGAAGCUUGCCUGCCCCGCCGGAGACUCUGGGCUCGGACUCAGAGUCCGAGGCUGAGCCCUCGUUCAAGGUUCCUUCUGGAGAGAAGGAGCGCAAGCGGAAGCAUCACCACACCGAUGGAGAUGCUGCUCAGACGACUAGUUUGCCCAGCCGGAAGAAGUCAAGAAAGCACACAGAAAAUGGGGAGGAAGAGCAGGGCCAUAAGAAGUCGAAAAAGUCACACAAGGAUGGCGAGGAGAAGAAGCGGAAAAAGACAAAGGCAUGA